AUGGACAAUUUGCUAGUCCUCUUUGUCUCUUUUCUUCUCUUUUCAUCUAUCUAUGCAAAAUCUGAUUGCCCCGUGAAUUCCAUUUGUGGAAAUAAUAGUUUUGAAAUACGAUUUCCUUUUGGAUUAGAAGGGCCACAAAAUCAGCACUGUACAUAUAAUCCUGGUUUCAAUCUAAAAUGCAACAACCAAGGCAGAGUAAUUCUAAGUCUUCCAGGGGCAGGGGAUUUCUAUGUACGCGAUAUCAACUACCUCACGCAACAAAUUCAACUCUAUGAUCCAUAUAAUUGCCUUCCAGAACGGCUAACUAAUUUUCAACUUCCUUCUUCUUCUGUCUUCAAGGCUGUUUACUAUCGAGAAUAUACUUUCUUGACGUGUUCGACAGAUUUGGUCAGCUCUUAUUUCAAUGUUAUUGGUUGUAUGAGUAAUUCUACUAUCUCCACUUUGGCUACUUCUUCCUUGGGUUUUGUUUUAACAACAAUAGAGAGUUUGUAUAGCUGCAGUGUGAAAAGCACUUUCUCUCUUCCUGUCUCGUGGAUUCCUGAUAAUGAGGCAAUUUUUUCAAGUGACCUUAAUAAUGAUCUUGUGUUAACAUGGCCUCGAACAGGCAGUACAAAAGGUAUAAAAAUUUUCCGAAUUGUUGCACUAGCCUUAGUGAUGUCAGCCAUCACAUGUUCAAUGGUUCUGACAUGUUACAUCGUGCAAAGUCGAGACAGCCGCCGAGCGGCAGCUGCUCUCCAGAACACUACUGCCGGUGGAGCAGCCGUAGUACCACAACCGGAAACGGCUAUCGGCCUCAACGAUUCGACGAUCGAAUCGUACACAAAAGUUGUCCUAGGAGAAAGUCGGAGAAUUCCAGGGCCAAAUCAUGGAAUUUGUCCAAUAUGUUUGGCAGAGUACAAUCCAAAAGAGACAGUGAGAUGCAUACCUGAAUGUGAACAUUGCUUCCAUGCUGAAUGCAUUGAUGAAUGGUUAAAGAUCAAUGGUACUUGUCCUGUUUGUAGAAAUAAUCCUUCCCCUGUUCAUCUUAAUUUUUCAUAACUCAUUUUUUCCCCA